AUGGAUUUAGAUGGUUUGCUUUCAUUUUUGCUCGAUGAAAUUGAAGGUGAAGAGAGAGUAUCUAUAGCUACUCAGUGCUUUACUAAAUAUCAGACACCUAAGCCUGGGAAUGCUAAACACUUUGGUUUCAAAAACCGUGGAGAAUUUUCCAAAACACCUUCUGCUUCUACUCUAAUAGCAACAUCUGAACAAAAUUCAACUGGAUGUAUUUUUUGUGCUGGAAAUCAUGCAUCUGGUGAUUGCGUUAAAGCAAGAAAGAUGACGUCUGAGGAAAGGCAAAAAGCAGUUCUAAAUAGUCGCAGUUGCUUUUUAUGUUUAGACAGAAAACAUGUAAUAGCUAAAUGUAAAAAACGAACAUCGUGUGUGAUUUGUGGGAAGAAAAAACACCACAUACUUUUAUGUAGAAAUAUCCAAGCUGAAUCAAAAUCUCCAGUUCCUGUUAGCACGAAUAAGGAUGAAAAUACGGAUGCAGUACCUGAACGAGAUGAAACCCUCGCCAAUUUGGCGAGAACAACAAAUGUGUUUUUGCAAACUUUAACGGUUACAUUGAAAGGGCGAGAUAGAAAGCGCCAGGCCCGUGCUAUUAUCGAUUCAGCUUCACAGAGAUCUUAUAUUUUAAAAAGCACUGCAGAUGAAAUGAAAUUUGAGAGUACAUCUAAAGAAAGAUUGAGCCAUUCAUUAUUUGGCGGGUCAUGUACUGAUGUCAUAAACCACGAUGUUUUUACAGUGUUCUUGUCUAAAACGGAUGGAACUUAUCAUUGUAACUUCAAAGCUCUUAGCCAAGAUAUUAUUUGUGGAAGUAUACCACCAGUUGCUAAUGGCGAGUGGAUUCGAAGAGCUUAA